AUGAGAGCCCAAGCCCUUCCAAAGAAUGCCAUUGAGCAGCCAUCGUUGGUAAUUGUGUACUUCGGUGGUAAUGAUUGUAUUCCUCCACAUCCAAGUGGCCUUGGUCCUCAUGUACCAUUAGGGGAAUACAUAGAAAAUAUGACGAAAAUUGCUAUCUAUAUAAAGGCGGAUAUAAUUUUGCGGGGAUACGCUAGUUGGAAUUCAAGACGUGCUCUCCAAAACGUGGAUAAAAUUUUUCCAAAGAAUGCCAUUGAGCAACCAUCGUUGGUAAUUGUGUACUUCGGUGGUAAUGAUUGUAUUCCUCCACAUCCAAGUGGCCUUGGUCCUCAUGUACCAUUAGGGGAAUACAUAGAAAAUAUGAGGAAAAUUGCUAUCUAUAUAAUGAGUCUCUCACAUAAGACUCGGAUUAUAUUUCUUAGUAAUCCUCCAAUCAAUGAGGAACUAAUCAAGAGCAAAAGUGACAAAUUUGGGUUACCACCAAGGACAAAUGAAGUAAUUCGAAUAUAUUCAGAAGCAUGUUUAGAUCUAUGUCGCGAGAUGAAAAUCAAGGCUAUUGAUAUGUGGUCUGCAAUUCAGAAAAAAGAUGAUUGGAAAAAUGUUUGUCUCAUGGAUGGAAUUCAUCUAUCAACCGAGGGGAGUGAAAUAUUGAGAAAAGAGAUAUUGAAAGUUCUCAAAGAAGCAGAAUGGGAACCAAGUCUAUAUUGGAAGUCAAUGGCAGUUGAUUUUGGAGAAGAUUCACCAUAUGAUAUUGUUUCUCCAGAUGGAAAGGGAACUAUUAAUUUCUCUGACUUUCCGUUUCCUGAAGGAGUAGAGUGGGACUAGACGGAAGCAGAUUUCACGCUGUAAUAUUCCACACAGUUUUCACACAGUUCUGAAUGUGGACCGUCCGAUAUGUUAUGUAUGGUUGUGAUUGUUUUGAUGGAUUUUACAACUGAUUUUAUCAGAACCGUCUGAUCAACAAGCAAUGACCAAGAUUGAAACUGCGUGAAAACUGUGUGGUUUUAUAACUGUAGCAAAUCCAGAUCCGGACUAGACUUACGUGCCGUAAAAUCCCUAGGUAAUAAUAAUUGAAUAAAAUGCUACAAUCCUAAUGGAAAGAAAACUAUUUGAUCAUGCAUGGUUUUUCACCAUUUGAGUAAUGAAAUUUGAUUGUAAUUUAAA